AUGGGUGUUCUUGAUAAUCACUUUCAAAAAACAAAAUUAUUUCAAUUUUUAAAAUUAACUAAUUGGAUUCUCCCUACAACAAUUAAAUCUAAACCAGUUGAAGGUGCUGAAAAUGUUUUCACAGACGGAUCAAGCAAUGGUAAAGCUUGUUAUUCUGGGUCAAAAAGUAAAGUUUUUCGGAAACCGUAUACUUCAGCCCAAAAAGCAAAGCUUGCAGCUGUAAUUGAAGUCUUAACUGCUUUUGAGAUGCCUGUUAAUGUAACUUCGGAUUCUUCAUACAUGGUUCAUUCCACACAAUCAAUUGAAAAUGCUCAGCUUCGAUUUAAUACAGAUGAACAAUUGAUGACCUGCAGAUGUGGAUCCCGAAUCCUGCAAGAAGUAGCCCACUUUGGCAAAGCUGCCCUUGCCUUUACUGCUUUGCAAAAUCAAAAAGGAGGACAUACUGGGAAAAGGCUCGAAACCUGUCAUAAACAGGCCUUAAAGAAACUGGCCAUAGACAAAAUAUCUAUAGCACUGCACAGCAUACCUUCCCAAAGAUCUUGGCCACUAUGGACUACAAUCCUUAUUUUUCUUGGAGUGGCGGCAAUCUUGGGAGUAACUAUUGGUCUUCUUGUUCAUUUUCUGGCAGUUGACAAGAUUUACUAUUAUCAAGGUGAUUUUCAUAUUUCUGGAGUCACAUACAAUGAUAAUUGUGAAAAUGCAGGUUCACAAGCCAGCACAAAUCUAAGCAAAGAUAUUGAGACUAAGAUGUUAAAUGCAUUUCAAAAUUCCGGCAUAUAUGAGGAAUAUGUCAAAUCUGAGGUCAUUAAACUUCUGCCUAAUGAUAAUGGUUCAAAUGUACAGUUACAGCUGAAAUUCAAGUUUCUUCCAGCAAAGAGAGUUAGCAUGAGAACUAAAAUCAAGGCUAUAUUACACCAGAUGUUGAAAGACAACAUGGCAUCCUGGAAUGCAGUUCCUGCUUCCAUUGAACUCAAGGAAAUCAGCAAAGCUGCUUCUGAAAUGCUUACCAACAACUGUUGUGGGAGGCAACUAGCCAACAGUAUCAUAACUGGCAACAAAAUUGUGAACGGAAAAAGUGCCCAGGCGGGGGCAUGGCCAUGGCAGGCCAGCAUGCAAUGGAAAGGCCAUCACUACUGUGGAGCCUCUCUGAUCAGCAGCAGGUGGCUGUUAUCUGCAGCUCACUGCUUUGCUAAGAGAAACAAUUCAAAAGAUUGGACUGUCAACUUUGGAACCGUAGUAAAUAAACCAUAUAUGACACGCAAAGUACAAAAGAUUAUUUUUCAUGAAAAUUAUAGCAGUCCUGGGCUUCAUGAUGAUAUUGCCCUCGUACAGCUUGCUGAAGAAGUUUCUUUUACGAAGUACAUUCGUAGGAUUUGUCUUCCUGAAGCCAAAAUGAAGCUCUCACAAAAUGACAAUGUUGUAGUUACAGGGUGGGGAACACUUCACAUGAAUGGUGCAUUUCCAGUGAUACUUCAAGAAGCCUUUUUGAAGAUUAUUGACAACAACAUUUGCAAUGCCCCAUAUGCAUUGUCUGGCUCUGUUACUGAUACAAUGCUGUGUGCUGGAUUUAUGUCAGGAGAAGCUGAUGCAUGUCAGAAUGACUCUGGUGGACCACUAACUUAUCCUGAUUCCAGAAAUAUCUGGCAUCUUGUUGGAAUAGUAAGCUGGGGUGAUGGAUGUGGUAAAAAGAAUAAGCCAGGUGUCUAUACUCGAGUGACUUCUUAUCGCAAUUGGAUCACAUCCAAGACUGGACUCUGA